AUGAUUUCAAAAUAUUCUCAACAUGUCUUUAAACAGAUCCUCGAGGAAAAUCAACUGGGACACCUUUCACGUUUCUUCGGAAACACGCUGGGCAUUCCCAAUGCUUCAUGGUCAGACCUAAUAGUAGAACUAGGAGAGCGGAGUCAGAAUGACUGCGUCGACUUUGACGAGAUUUACGCCAUCUACCGGUGUCUCUCUGAACAGGAGAUUUUCCACUUCGCUGAUGAUUUGCGGCAAGUACGCGAAUACGAGGAUAAAAGCCUGAUUUUCGGUAUGACAAACGACGAGCCCGGCUGGUACAGAAUCUCCGAAUGUUUAUGGUCAAGUACUACAGGUAUUCGUGGGAAGGUCACCCUAAAUGACAACUAUGAGGACCCGAAAGACAUUUUCAUUGAUAUCCUAGGGGUUAAAACACUUACCCUUCAGAUGGUAGAUGAUGAGCUGUUGGAAACAAGCCGGAGAUCAACAAUCGGCGAGACAAAAAGCAAGGUAUGGUUUUUCAAUGCUCUUCUUCCGACAGAGAGGCAUUGUGCCGAUCCGGCUCCACUUUUGGAAAGACCAGUAUUUCCCAUUAUCUACCCAGAUGGAACAGAGGGGCUCUCAUCUGCCGAGACGGAGUUCGCGAUCCCUGACCGGGAACAUCUGGCAUCGCAAUCCAGAGGUAGGACUAAAAUGCUUGACGUCAGUCUGGAAGAAGUGCGUCGCCUGAAAGACUUUUUCGAGUGGACCGACCUAGCAAAUCGCUACUUAUCUGCGUCCAUCAAGGAGUUAACUUCAUUCUCUGGUGAGACAACAUAA